AAUAUUUCGCGUUUGUUACCGUUAGACGUCCAUCUUUGUAUUGUGUCCUGCUAAAAAUUAAUAGUGUGUGUGUGAAAUGGUCCAGAAAUGUUCCUGUACUGUUCCUGUACUGCUCCUGUUGGUGAACAUCAGCAUCUGUGAGCACUUGCCUCGAUUGUGCGGGAUGCGACGACAAGAAAACAAAAGAUAAAAGGUUGUCUAUAGUGAGCGAGCGCGACCACAAAAGAAAACAUUCACCCUACGAACUAGCAUUCGGUGAAAUGGCGGACAACUCUUCGGUGCGGAUCAAAUUGUCAACGUAAAGAGCAUCGCAAGGCGUACAUCGCUCGUAGUCGCAUGAAUGGUAAAAGGCUUACUGAAGACAUGCGAUCGAGAAUUCAGCGGCACCUGCAACACUCCGGCUGUGCGAUGGGAUGAAUCGGAUCGCUGAGUGUUUUGUUUUCAAUUAAAAGCCAGCGCACGACCAGGAUGCGUCGGCGAGGUUCUGUGAGUGCUGCCUCCUAAGGUCUUUACCCACUGUGAACUCAAUGUCUGCCUGUGUUUAGGCAGUGAUUCUGUGAUGGAAAGUGAUGUGACACAAGAACAGCUGGAGCCAAUAUUGCAUGUGGUGCCAGAUUUGAAUGAUGAUGCUCUCAAUCCAAUAGUACCACAACAUUUGGAUUACUACAAGCAGAGUAGCAAGAAGGUCAUCAAACAUGCAUUGCGACAACAAGCAAAGAGAAGAAGAAAGAACACCACUAUAGCUUCUGGCAACACAGUGUCAGUGCCAAGAAUAAUUGUAAAGCCAUUGCCGCCUCCACCGACAAACGAACAGAUAACAACCCCGCCACCGCUCAAAACGCCAACGAUGCGCGAAGUGCUUGCUUCUAUUCCCGGCUUCAGCAUUAAGCCAAGGAAGCGGUCUAAUAAGAAGCUGUCAACUGCUGCACAAUUGGAGCAAACCAAAGAAGGAUGCAUUGACUUAGAGACAGCUGAUUCCAUUUUGGUGAACACUAAUUUGCGCGCAAUAUUAAAUAAGCAGACAUUCGGAUCCCUACCAUCAUUAUAUCAGCAUAAAUUAGUGCAACUGUUGCCGGCUGUGGACCGACAAACAGUCACAAACGUUAAAGAGUCCAUCCGACUAACAUCGUCGAGCUUAAACAAUGAGUUCUUUGCAAGAGCAUGCUUGGAGUGGCAAGAACGGUUGGCCGAGGGCGAAUUUACUCCGGAAAAUCAGCAAAAACUGAAGACGGAAGCCGAUAGGGAGAGGAGUCGAUUGGAUCCAUGGAAGUUGAAACAUUUCGAGCCAAUAUGGGGUGACCGCAGUUGGAAAAGCGACACGCAACUCAUCUCCAGCAGUCGCCCACCAAUUCGCACCACGAUAAAGCUGCGUCCGUCGACAGCGACGUCUUCGAAUUUGAAAGCGAAACCGACGCCGCCGUCAGUGGUAAAGCGACAGCGAACAGUAGGCGCGAUAACACGGUCCUGUACGAACAUCAAGCCGGAGGAGUCGGAAUGUACGAGCAAGCCACAAAUGCCUGAUCUGCUGCCCAUCAAAAACACUUUGUUGAAACCGACCAAACUGGAUGGUGAAUGUAACAUUGGCGUCGCGAAUGUGUCCGAGUCGGGCGGCGAUAAGAUAGACACUUGUAGUAAUAGUUUAAGCAAUUUGCCAGAAAUAACCAUUAUUAAUAUUAGUGAUGCCGUCGCGGCAAAUACGAACUGCGAGACAAUCAUUACGAAUAGUUUUAGCUCACGUGUGGAAAAACGCCGGCGCACAGGCAGCACCGAUGAACACGACGAGUCGUCGGCGAAGCGAAGGUCGGGGAGUCCGAUCGUUACAAAACACGACCUGGAAAUAUUUCCGGUUGUGGAGGUAAGUCCCGUUGAUGAGGAGAUUAAACUUGAACAUGCGGAACCCGACAACGAGAAUCCCGAUGAUCCGCUAUUGGAUUGCGACCAAGUCGUCUUAGAAGUGAAAGCGGAAGAUGCUCAGUUGGCAUUCUCAGGGGAGUUCAUGGACGAUGAUGACGACGACGAUGAUGAUGAAGAGGAAAGCACGAUGCAUUUCAACGAUGACGAUGAAAGAUCGACCACUGCGUCUCUGAAAGAAGAGGACGAAGACGAAUUGAAGCAAACGGACGAUUCUAAAUCUUGGAAUGAUCAAAACACGCCUUCUUCACUGUCUGAGCCAACGCAUUCUGAUAGUGCGGACGGCGCUCAGAUGAUGCCCACAACGGCCUACCCUAUGACUUUGCCCAACAGUUUAAUUUUACAGCAAGGAUCACCGAAAAUCGAUGCGGCCGACUUCGAUUCGAAGCUUGGUAGCACCGUAGAUGAGUCCGAGAUUUUGUCAAAUUUGUCGGCUACUAACUACGAGCAUCAAGACGUAGAGGUAGACGAAGAUCGGUUUCUAGAUGCUGAAUCGUAUGUACUUGAGUCCGGGCAAAUAUCACUAUCGUCUGGAGAGAAAAGCGGCGUAGCUUGCAAAGAGGAGCCGCCGGUCGAUUUACAAGCGAUAUUUCCGUCAGUCGGCGCUGAGGACUGUUGGGACAUGGUUGAUUCAAGCACGGAAAAGCUAUUGGAAGUCCCAUUACAUGCGCUUGAUUCGGUGCCUGUAGGCAUGGUAGGUGACGAGAAUACGACCGAGCAUGUGCAAGUUAUUCCAAUGCAAGAGGAGUUGGAAGUACGUUUAGAAGAAGGCAGCUUUCCCGUCCCGUCCGACUGGCCAUACGACGACGUGGUUAAGAUGGAUUCUGAGAUGGUCGCUGCUGCUUUGGGCGCAACCGACCACCCUCCAGCAAAUGCCACUGCACCGGCUGGCGCAGUACCUUUUGUAGAGUUUCAGGGCAAUCAAGUAAAGUUGGAGUUAGAGGUCACUCUCACGCCGGAAAUUGUCACGUGCGACAGUUUGGUAACCAGUAGUUCGAUUUCUGGGACACCCAAUCACAUUCAAGCCGCCACAGUUACACCAUCGGCUACGCAAGGUAUCACAACUGUUAUUCCACCCACCACUAUCGUGUGCCUGCCGUCUGUGGUGAGUGCGUCGGCAGGCACCCAUGGCACCACGUCCACUGCGCAGAAUGCGGUCAACAUGCCCAGGGCGGGCAUGGUACAGAGUUCCAGCGCAUUGCCUUAUCUGGCGCUGAGCACUAGCCAACCGAUUCGCGCGGUGCCCGCCCACACAAAGGUCAAGUUGAAGGCUCAAGGUGCUGCAGGCAGGACACGCUGUGGCAACAAACCACCCCCAGGUGCCGUUAAUCUUGAACGCAGCUACCAAAUUUGCCAGGCAGUGAUACAGAACAGUCCGAAUCGCGAUCAGUUGCGUGGACAGCUUAAGCCGCUGCCAUCGCUACUCGCCGCCGCCACCACCGCGAGCAAAACCAAACCAAAAGGUGUUGACAACAAUCGCACGCAGUAUGGUAACGUGAGCUCGUCUCGCGGGGUCAAAACGUUUACGCCACCACUUCCGGCCGCAGGUACUUUCAACAAUUUGGUUGGCAAUAACCACACCCACAACAAUAACAACAAUAAUGGCGUCAAAGUGAAAUUGCGCGCUGGCACCUAUCAGCAACGGCAGCCCAGUCCACCUGUUUUUGUCAAGCAUGUUUUUACAUCUGGACAGGGUAUUCCUGUCACCAUGGCGGUUCUGCCGCCAGCCCAGGCGCUUACAGCCGAGGCACGCCAGGACUGCUGGUCGCAAACAGCCGACGCGCGCAAUUCAGUCGGCUUGGGUGGCCCCAUCGCGCCAUACAUCCUCGUGCAGCGUGCGGGAGUAGAGUCGCAUGUUCCGAGAUCUUCGAGUGCGCCACCUUCUCAGCGGCCGACUGGCACAAUCAACAGUGUGGGCACAAUGGCACGCGGCCGCCCAGCUAGCGUCGAGGCUGAUCAUCCUGGUCCCAAUCCAGCCACGCAGGCGAUUACACGCCGAUCACGUUUGCCUGGUCAACAGCAGGCUGUUAUUUACGGCGACGACGAGAAUCAGGUGCACAACUAUACGAUUCUCAGUGACACUCUAAGCGAGCAUCCCGGCGCGGUGAUGAAACCGAAAAAGGCCGAUGCAUGUCCCUGCAAUCUUAGGGCGAUGGUGAUGUGCAAAAAGUGUGGCGCCUUUUGUCACGACGAUUGCAUAUCGGCGAACAGACUCUGUAGCAUGUGCUUUAUUCGGUAAAGCGAGAAUCUCAUUUGAUUAGCGUGUUUAAUCAUGUAAAUAGUUUUUGUGAUCAGUGAUCAUGCGCUCGCAUGCUUUUAUCUUUUUACUUGAAUGCGCCAUUUUAUUACAUUAAUAAUUUAAUUUGGUCACUAGUUUAAGUUGGUCUUUAUUUAUUCGUAUGCAACAUAGUCUUCCAACGUUAUCACGUUCACGUGCCACGUUCGAAACAUCCAUCGAUGCGAAGGCCAUUCGUGCUGUAGGCAACGUACAAAUUAAUUUUAUUCUUUUCCGUAAAUCGUGUUUGCGCACCUACCUCAAAUUCAGUUUUCAAUCUAAACAUGAGCAAAACGUGCAAUAAAUUGGUAGCAGUUUGACUUGAUUCAUGUGGCACAUACUUUUAGGGGCAUUUUGAAUGUGACUUCACAUAAAAACGUUUGCGUUUCCACGUUUUGUCUGUAAAUAUACAGCCCAAAAGCAACAAACGUAGUACUACUGAUUUGUACAUCUAUGACUAUGACAAACACUUGUAAUUCGUAUGUAAUAUACCAUGUUAAACUUCA